AUGGAGCCGACGUUAAGUCAGGGCCACGUUAUGGCCGAGGAUAAUAUCAUUAACAGAAGAGGCGGCGAAUCGUUGUACCAGAGCUGUGCCAAUCUCAAGAAACGACUUGCAGAGGUCCCCGGAUUCGAGUCACAUCUGGCAGAAAUGGAGGCUUUGGAUAAAACGCAGGAAGUUAGUGACCCCGUGGCAUCUGUCUGGAGGUGUUUGCAAAACGGAUACCCUUUGAUGACGAUUUUUAAUGCCACCCAACCCUCCGAACCGUUAACCUUGGAUGAGAGCAAAGUACAAGAACAUCGGAGACCGAAAGCAGCAGCCUUUAAAUUUCUCCAAGCCUGUUUACAGGACUUAGAGUUUCCCCAGCAAGAAUGCUUUCUCAUCACGGAUCUUUAUGGCGAGAGCACUACGGGCUUUGUGAUUAAAAUGGUCAACCGUGUUCUUGAUAUACUCGAAAUGCACGGGCAGCUUUACAAACCGUCGAUUUCAGAUUCCAAUCCCGUUGAAAGAAAAACCAAACUUACAAGACGAGAACACAUUCUCAAAGAGAUGCUCGAGACCGAAAGAGACUAUGUACAUCAUCUCCAGAACCUGCAGGCUUUGAAAAAAGAGCUCGAAGAGACUGGGGCCCUCAACGGUGAUACAAGCCACCAGAUAUUCCUUAACUUAAAUAAUCUCCUUGACUUUGCACAAAGAUUCCUUAUUCGAAUGGAACAACACAAUGCUCUUGCUGAAGAAUCUCAGAACUGGGGUGAACUUUUCAUUAAUCAUCAGGAAGGAUUUCGGCAAUACGAGCCUUUUAUUGCCAACCAGCUGCGCUGUGAUGUGGUUUGCCAACGAGAAUGGGAUAAGAUUCAUACUGCUCCACGUUCGCCCGAUCUCCAACAGAUGGUAGCUCAGCUCUCUACUCUCAAUGGCUUCUUUGUCAAACCAUUCCAAAGAUUAACUAAAUACCCUCUAAUGCUUCAGGAAUUAAAAAAGCAGACUGAAAGAGCCGAUUUUACUGCCGACAUUGCCGCCGCUAUAGAUAUAAUUCAAUCAGUUCUGGAUCGUGCAAACAAUGCGAUCGAUAAGGAGCAUCUCGUUGCCGCAACUCAAGACGUGGCUGCUCGCGUUGAUGACUGGAAAUCAUUAAGAGUGGAAUCAUUUGGACAACUUCUGCGAUUCGGAACUUUCACUGUGGUUAAAGGUGAUGGUGGGAAAGACAAUGAGAAAGAGUAUCACGUCUAUCUUUUUGAACAAAUGCUUUUAUGCUGUAAAGAUAUACUUUCGAAUAAACCAAAGUCAAAACUCAUGGGCAAGGACAAGCCCAACGCAAGUGCUCAAAAAGGCAAACCACGGAUGGUAUUGAAGGGCCGGAUAUACAUUUCAAACGUAACGGAGAUACUUUACUUUCACCGGCCAGGCUCGUAUAGGGUCCAAAUAUUUUGGAAAGGUGACCCUGGCGUUGUGGAUAAUCUUUCUAUUCGUUUUCGAGACGAAGAAACGAUGCGAAAGUGGUACAAGGAUAUUAAUCAUCAACGUACUAUUCAAGUUAAGGAGAGAAUCGCUUCGCGCUCUGGUCCCUCUGAAAUUGAGUUCACGUAUCUCAAAAACGCUAAGAUGGAGAAUCCCUACGCGGAAGAAUAUAACGCAGAAGAAGAUCUUGCCCCUGGUGUUUCGGACUUUGCCAUGUCGCGCAAUGCUUCAAGUACCAGCCUUCGAGCUCGAUCGGGAACUGGGGGGAGCGGCGGAUCUAACCCACCCAUUAUUCGCCCACCUCGUUUCCCAAUGCCCGAACCGCCUCUAUCCCUCCAAACACAAUUUUCUCCGGGGGCGCUGUCCCCUGGAGAACGUCAUGGAGGCUCGUAUUUUUCCCCAAUGACAGAAGUGGCGCCGUCGACCAGGUCCAGCUCGUCAACAACAUUCACUUAUUCCCGCCAAGGCACGCCGUCUAAUCAAUGGAACGAAGAGUCUAAUCGCUAUACUGCCCCAGCAAUGCCUCGAGCAGGAUCGCGAGAUGGCCCUACUUCUUCCCCUUACUAUAGCAAUCCUCCUCGUGGGACUCAGCGCCCCUCGUUACCUCCAUUCUCGUCGCAAAACUCACAACACCCUGCACAGUCAAGAAUGCGUUCUGCCAGUAGCCCUGAUAUUCAUAAUCACAAUCUCUCGGAGUCAGCUCGCAGGUACAUGAAUGGCCACACGAUGCAAACUGUGGACAAUGUACCAGUCCCGCCUAUCCCAGCAAACCUUGCCAAUAUGAGAGCUCCUGUUAAUCGAAGUCAAAACAAUUCUCCCGGUACACUACAGCCACCGCAUUCUUUGCGUCCAGGCCUUCCAUCAGGGCCUAAUGAACCUUCUUAUAUGAUUAGUCGCGACACCUCGCGCUCCCAACCAUCCUUGUCAUCACACGCACCGCCAUCUCGUGAUUCGGACAGCCCCUUACCUGCUCAACUGAAAGCCAAAGUGAAUUUCAAUGACAACUACGUGACGCUAGUUAUCGCGAGCAACAUUCUGUAUCGCUCUCUCACAGACAGAGUUGACGCAAAGCUUUCCCGAUUUACUGAUCGCUCUAUUGGUGCAAAGUCUGCGAGGCUGCGCUAUAGAGAUGAAGACGGUGAUUUUGUCACCAUUGACAGCGAUGAGGCUGUUCAGCUAGCUAUCAUGGAGUGGCGUGAACAGCAUCAAAACACUCUUUCAAACGGACAGGUUGGGGAAAUUCAAUUAUUCUGUCAGCCAGUUGAACACUAA